UGUAGAGCAUCAAGAAAUAUAGGUUUCUCCUUCAUUUUGAAUGAUCCUGCAGAAUCAGCCGAGCCAAACUUGUUGCACAUUCCCUCCCCUCCUCUCCAACAACUUUUCCCCAUCACCAGAACCCAUGCUUGAUUCACAGCUCAGAGCCCGUCUCCUUGCAACCGCAUCAGAGCUGAUGAUUUUUUUCCAUGCCGAGGAAACGGGAGCAGCUGCUACAUACAGCACACAUUGUCUAGAUAACAUGAAAAAGUGUCUGGUGAAUACAACAUGUCAGCUGGCGGCACAGAGUAGCACAAAGGCAGUGACGGUGGGAUGGUGGGGGGACAAAGUGCAACAGGAGGCUCGCAGGGUUUCACUCGCCUUGAUCUGCAGCCAAAAACACAUUCUGUUAAUAAUCAAUAGAGCAAUAGUGAGAGACGCAAGGAGGGCUGGAUGGAUUAAUGAUGGCCUGUAAGUGUGUCACGUGAAAGUGAAAGACCUAUUUGGAUCCUUCUUUUGUCCGGAAUGUGUAAAAUAUACAAGUUUCCUUUGGUUUUGCGACUCACCAGCAGGUUCAAGGAGGAAUUCAGUGUGAGAUUUUGCACGUGAUGGAGAUGUCACAUCGGUCUGACCAUCUUUUGUUGUUCUUUUCUCUCUCUCUCCAGUGUGCUGCCUUGGUUGGUGAAGACCAGCCCCUCUGCCCAGACCUCCCAGAACUUGACCUCUCAGAGCUGGACGUCAGUGACUUAGACGCAGACAGCUUCCUGGGUGGCCUCAAAUGGUACAGCGACCAAUCGGAGAUCAUUUCCACUCAGUACGGCAAUGAGGCCUCGAAUCUUUUUGAGAAGAUAGAUGAAGAAAAUGAGGCCAACUUGCUGGCAGUGCUUACAGAGACCCUGGACAGCAUCCCGGUGGAUGAGGACGGAUUGCCUUCGUUUGAGGCCCUGGCAGAUGGGGACGUGACCAAUGCCAGUGACCGGAGCUGUCCCUCCUCCCCCGACGGCUCGCCGCGCACCCCAGAGCCCAAGGAGCCUUCCCUGCUGAGGAAGCUCCUUCUGGCGCCCGCAAACUCCCAGCUCAGCUAUAAUCAAUACACAGGUGGCAAGGCACAGAACCAUGCAGCCAGCAGCAACCACCGGAUCAGACCACCACCUGCCGUCGUCAAGACGGAGAGCCCCUGGAAUGGUAAAGCGAGAGGGGGCUCCAUCACACAGAACCGCGCGGUGAGGCGGCCUUGCACUGAGCUGCUGAAGUACCUGACGGCCACCGAUGACAUCCUGCUCCACACCAAAGCCAGUGAAGCCAAGAGCACGUGGGUCGGUGCCGGUGGCAGAGACAAGAGCGGCCUGGGGCUCGGCGCCUCUUCCUCUUCCUCUUCGCCGUCCUCGUCAUCCACCUCCUCAUUCUCCUCCCUCUCCUCCGUCUCUUCGUCUUCCUCCACCGCCUCCAAGAAGAAGUCAACUGUGCAGUCUCAACAACCGCAGCAGCAGCAGCAGCAGCAGCAGCAGCCGCAGCAGCAUCACCAGCGAGGUGAGAGCCGGGCUGCAGGCGAGUGUAGUGUGGCUGGUGUUGGGGCUGGGAAGUGGCAGCGGUGCACUCGCGAUGGCGGUGUUGGGAAGUCGGAGGGUGCCUCUAUCCCUGUCGGCCACAGAACCUCCACCUGCGGCCAUGCCUGCCCCAAACUGGAGCACGGGCCGCCCAGUGAAGAAGGAGGGCCGCCAGGUGAUGCGGGCCGCCUGGCCGCCGCUAGGUUCAUUAGGUAUAUGCAUUCUUAUUCCCUCCCUCCCAGAGAGGUGAGUCACAGCUGUGAGCAUUGCCGAGAGGCUGCGGGCGCCACUCAGGCUAGUAAGGGCUCUGGCAGGCAAGGCCGUAGCAAGAGCAGUGUUGCCAGCCGUGCAGCUCAAAGGCACAUCACAGUGACUAUUAGGAAAAGAGAUGGGAAGCUGGGGCACCCCUUACUUAGCCAGCUGCUCACCUCCAAACAGAGGCCUGCUCAGUAUCUGACCCACAUUGUCCCACCUAAGAUCACCCCUUUACCCAGAACUCAGGGCAAAUUAGCAGGUAAGGGGUCUGAGAGUACAUCCCAGGCUGUUUCAAAGGUGGAGGAGGAAGAGUUCAGAGGGACCAGUGAUUUUAAAAACCGGGGAGUAAGUCAAGCUGAAGUGCCUGACUCAGGGCCUCUGUGGUCACCUCUCGCCUUAGACCUAGAGAAAUGGGUUAACCAGCUAGAUCCAGGGCUAGACAUUGGCUUUGGACUAGAACUGGGCUGGCCAAUCCAAGGGGGCUGUGGGGAGGAUGUUGACCAUAAUGAUGAUGAUGAUGAUGGUGUUGAUGAUGAUGACCGUGUCACGGGAAGCCCUGCAGUGGUGCUCUCACAGUGGCCACCAAGCCCACUCUUCCCAGAUACUAGAAAUGCAGAGCCCAGCCUUCCCUGCAUCAUACAAGGGCAAGGGCACCCACACAGGCAGGCGCUCAGCAAGCACCCCGACGACCAGGGCCACCCGUUGUUAGCCAAACCAACCACCUUGCCACUUCCUUUGACCCCAGAGUCUCCAAAUGACCACAAGGGAUCACCGUUUGAGAACAAAACCAUUGAAUGCACAUUAAGUGUGGAGAUUGCUGGAACCCCAGGUCUGACACCACCUACCACGCCCCCACACAAAGCCAGUCAAGAGAAUCCUUUCAAAGCAUCGCUCAAAACCAAGUUGUCUUCAUGUUCCUCCUCGGCCUUGGCAUGCAAAAGAGCCAGGUUGACCGAGUUGGGCCCCAGCGCUCCGGCCCCGGCCCCAGGUGCCUCAGGCGGGGGCCCCAAUAGGAAGGGUCCCGAACAGACUGAGCUUUAUGCCCAGCUGAGCAAAGCGUCAACCGCCCUCCCUUACUCCGCCACCAAACGCACGGCGGUGGGCGGUCUCGGGGAGCUUUGCAGCAAAAGCAACAAUAAGCGGGCGGCGCCCCGGAGCUACAGUGACCAUGACUAUUGCCAAGCGUCAGCUAGCACUAAGAAGGACGGCGGCACAGCCACUGCUACCAUUACUUCAGCAGCGGAAAUGACAGUCACCUCAGGUGCCGCUGCUGCUCCCAAGCCUGCCACAGGCAAAGUGGAGGACAGGCAUGUCGAAUGUAAGGACUCAGCCAUGCCACCGUCCUCUUCAUCAUCUUCAUCCUCUUGCUCUCCAUCAUCAGUUGCAUCUGGUCCUUUAGCUGAGAAGCAGCAGAAUGUUGCCUCUGUGAAUGGAAGAGCAGUUCGGCUCCAGGAGAAGCAGACCCUAACACAAACCACCCAGAGCCCCUCACAGGUGGCCGCGACUGACAGGGACCAACCACACCCUUCUGCCGCCAGCCGGAAGCUCUUAUGCGACCAAGAUAUUAGAGCAGAACUUAACAAGCACUUUGGCCCCCCCUUACAAGCCCUCUUUACUCCGGGUGGUCAGGAGAAAGAACCAGGCAGCAAGACAAACAAGGCUGCAGCCCUUCAGCCCCUUCAGGAGGGAGUGGACAACAGCUGCUCCAAGAAGCAGCCCGGCUCCAGCUUCCUGCACCCAGGGUUCCUGCCCUUCCAUGAUGAGCUUGAGCCGGUUGAGGGCCGCGAGAGUCGCUUCCUCUAUCCAUGGGAGGGCACCCCUCUGGACCUACUCUUUGACUGCCCCCCCUGCUCUCCCUCCUGUUCCCCACCAUCCAGCUGCUCCCCCUCACGAGGAUCCGUCUCCCCGCCCUCCUCUCUCCUCCUCUCGCCCGGCAGGCCUUUCUGCUGGACCAGCGUCGGGUCCCGCAACCGUUCCCGGUCCCACUCCGGCUCCCGCAGCUCCUCCUCGCACUACCGAGGGCGCUCCCUCUCCAGCUCACCUGACAGACGUCCCUCCUCUUGGUCUCGACACAACACAGAUUCAAGCACUUUUCGCUCCAGGACUCACAAGAGCCCCCACCCCCCGUCCCGAUCUCCCCUCAGCCGCAGGCCAAGGUAUGACAGCUACGAGGAUUACCAGCACGAGAGGCUGAAGAGGGAGGAGUACCGCCGGGACUACGAGAAGCGGGAGUUCGAAAGAGCCGAGCAGAGGGAGAGGCAGAAGCAGAAAGCAAUAGAGGAGAGACGGGUGGUGUACGUGGGGCGACUGAGGUCCAACUGCACCCGGACGGAGUUGAAGCGCCGCUUUGAAGUCUUCGGCGAAAUUGAAGAAUGUGCCGUGAACUUGAGGGACGAUGGGGACAAUUUUGGCUUCAUCACGUACCGCUACACUUGUGACGCCUUCGCCGCCCUUGAGAACGGACACACCUUACGCAGGUCCAACGAGCCCCAGUUCGAGCUGUGCUUUGACGGACAAAAGCAGUUCUGCAAAUCGCAUUACACAGACUUGGACUCCCACUCGGACGACUUUGAUCCAGCCUCCACGAAAAGCAAGUACGACUCCAUGGAUUUUGACAGCUUGCUGAGGGAGGCCCAGCGCAGCCUGAGAAGGUAACCAGUGCCGUGGCGCCUGAGGGGGACGUCCUAUACCUCACUGUUGUCUCUCGCUCCUUGGACGACGAGACCACCAGAAGUUUUACACUCUACGUCAUAGAGUAUAUAAGAGUUAAGUCUAUAGACCUAUAUCACUAUAAAUGAAUAUAUCAAAAAUAAAGUUUACAUGAACAUAGCUGCUGAAGAGCGGGGGUGGGGUGGGGGUGGGGGAGAGACAUUGCAUUGUGGGAAAAGCCAGUGAUCCCUCAGAACCCGGUGCACUUGUUCGGUGCACUCUACUGCUGUACAACCAUCAGUGGAUGAAGAAGAAGAUGAAGCUACUUUUUUUCUCCGAGUACUACAAUACCCACAAUUCUUUGGGGGUGAAGACAUGCAGCUUGUUCAGCCAGAUCUGUUUUUCUUCCAAUUUUUUUAUGAGUUUUUUUUGCUGUUGAUUUUUUCUCUCUUUCUUCUAAAUGUGGCGUUUGGAUCUGGUGUUACAUUGCAAACAAAGAGUAAAGGGAAUUGCAUCUUGGAGGUGAGAUUCUCGAGGUUAACACUGUCGUCUACAUUUUGAGGAGAAAUGUAGCCGUGUAUUUACAAAAAUGCUCUAAAAAGGAAUAUUUUUAUUUUCUGUACAUAUGGGAUAAAGUUCUUUAUUUGUUACAGCUAUGCACUGUAAAACGCAGCCUUUUUUAAAGACGAGGAGAACAUUUCUUAAUUCAGAAUGUCGAUCUGUUGUAGUUACAAUACUGUAAAACAUAUUGUUCGCCUACGUGACGUUUGAGAAGACAUGACAUGAUUGUAAAAAAAAAAAAAAAAAAGAUGAAGAAGAAGAACCAGAUGUGUCCUGUUGCUCAUUUUGAGGGAGCAUGUGAACAAACGUCCUUUUUUAAGUUAUUUUGUUGGGCAAAAACAGUCAACCAUGUAUAGUUUUCUCUCUUUAUAAAGUUUCUCAAUCAGUGUUUUUGCUUAUACAACCAGUGUAAAAUGCAUUUUUAACGUGUUUUUCAUGAUUGUAAAAAAGGUACCCCAUUUUUUUAUCAAUGAUUUCUGAAGCAAUCAGUAUAUAUAUAUAUAUAUAUAUAGAUAUAUAUAUAUAGAGAGAGAUAUAUAUCUGGGUUUGAUUUCCUUGCUUUGUAUGGUUUUUGUUUUGAUUACCUUCACUGACAAAGAACACUGCAUUCAAAUCGUUUCAAUCAUUACGAGACACAUAUUUAUCUAUUUAUUUUAAUAUUAGAAUCAACCACAAACAAAUAUUUAUGGGCUCCAGCUCACGUGGCGCACCUCAUGAGAUUUAUUUGCUAUUUAUUCUGUCCGUUGAUUUUUUUGUUAUUUAAUGUGUUAAUCACUAGACAGGGUGGACAAUAAAUGCUUUGGUGGGGGGAUAAUACGACCUUCUAUGCCUUUCCGAAACAAUCAGAACAUUCAGAGAAUCACUCCGGCAGCCAGCCCCUCAUCGUUUUCAGCGAUUCCUGUCGCCGCUGUCAGUCAGAGCUGCAGCGCGGCGCCGGUUUUCCUUUCUACACUCUCGAGAAGCAGAACAUGAAGCAAUAAAAAUGAUUUUGCAGGAAUUUACUUGUACCGCUCCUAAACACUUUGUUGUCAUCGCUCCACUCAUGCUUGAUUAUGUGAAUGCCAAACAAAAGUUUACAAUUUCCUUUUCCUGAAUUUUUUAAGAUCUUGUAUUUGAUGUACAAAAUACAUAUACAUAUAUACAUAUAUGUGUAUAUAUAUAUAUAUAUAUAUAUAAUGAUGCUACUUAUAUUAUUCACAAUAAUUACAAGAUAAUUAAUAAUAACAAUGAUAAUAAUAUAAAUGAAAGAAAAAAAACUAUAUAAAAAGCAAUAAUUUAUUUUUCAAAGUUGUAUUUUACCUCUUAUUGUUGUGUGUUUUUUGGACGUGACCCAUUACCCAGUCGCUGGUAGCUAUAGGACAAUGCCAUCCCGGCCUCUCGCCCAUUUCGUCACCGUGACCUCGCCGCGUGCAGUAAACACUUGAAUGUCCCCGCCCCCCCUCCGAUCACCACCUCCCCCUCGCUCGCCCCUUUAAGAUGUAGCUGAGUCUAUGUGAUUGUAAUGCACGCAUUACGUUGUGACACCUGUGCAAACGUGACCGACUCCUAGCUCUCCGGCCUUGUGUGUGACAAAAAAAAACAACCCUUGUGGAGUUGAAACUGUUUUGUUGUGUAGUGCAUGGCGCAGCAGCGUACACGCCCCUUUGGGUAUCUGCCUCUCAGCUGUCUUAGCUGGCAGAUUUUAAAUGACAUUCUAUAAGCCUAGGGAAAACUACUCAACGACGUAUCGCAUGCCGCGCCACUUUUCCGCUUCCCACCGCCGCCUCCGCCCGCCCCGCACUCACAGUCCAGAUUUCACAUCUCCGUCGACAUGACAUAAAAGGUAACCUUGCGGCUUCUGGUUCAAUUAAUAUCCUGUUUUGAGCGCGCGCCAAGUAACGACAGAAGAGGCUUCCAUCACAGGAAGGCCAAAAAAAAAAUGAUCACAGGCUUCCUUUCAUGGGUUUUGACUGUGGAGACAAGAAGCGGCUAAUUUUUAUGAUGCAACGAGGGAAAAAAUUGGUCAAAGGGAGAAGGAUAUGAAAACAGAAAACCCUUCACCUGGGUUUCCAGUCAUUGUUUUUUUACUUUCUUGCUGUCUGUAUGGCGUUAUGGGUAAUGGUGUCGUGUCCCAUUUGAUAGAUGUGGCUUUAAUCAUUGUAAUAAAAAAUAAAAAAAAAGCUUUGUAAAUUGCCUAGAGUAGCAAUAUAUUAUAACACCUUAUGGUUCAAAUUUCAACUGUGGCGGACUUUUUAAUAAUGUGACCUACUGAGGACUUUGCCACUGCUUUGUUGAGUAAUCAUGUUUCUUUUGGAAGGACAAUAUGUGUACGAGCAAAUGUAUCUAUGUACGUCUGAGUUUGUGUUUUUUCGGCCAGUGUGUGUGUGUGUGAGUGUGAGCGAGUGUGUGUGUGUGUUCGCGGGGGGGGAGUCGUUGUGGGUUGUUACCUGUUUGUGUCCUAUCCACGUUGCCUUCUGCCAAGUCCUUACCGAUGCCUUUGUGGUUCUACCUAUUGUACGACUUUCUUGUGAAUUUUAUUUUUUAUGUGCAAUUCUCAUCAGCCUCACCAUGCCAAUAAAGGGAAAUGUGUUUGAA